AAUGGCGAAAGGGGGCCGGUCAUGGAAAAGUUUUGGGAUGCAGGGAUUUCUUGUUUACAUCCUCCCGGAGUACGACGCGGGGGCGGGGUUGGCUCCGCCCUCAUUCUUUAGACCUGACGUCAUUGUCGCUUGUGUUUUUUUGUGAAUGAAAGAAUCCAACCUCAGAGAGCAGCGGAGUAAUUCCGGGAAAAGGCGGACUGACAUUUUGUCGCUAGAGUCGCUUCGAUCCAGCAGAUUGUCUGUAUCUAUGUUGACUGGUGCUUGGGGGGAAACAACCGAAGACAGUCGGAUCAUGUCAUCAGAAAGAAGCAGCAAAGCCCUGAAGGUAAAGCAGGAAUGUGGCGAAAAUGUGCCCGUCCUGUCGGACAGCGAGCUCAUGUCUCUCACAGUGCGAGAGUUGAACCUCCACCUGCGCGGCAUGUCCCGCGACGAGAUCCAGAAGCUGAAGCAGCGCCGGCGCACCUUGAAGAACCGGGGCUACGCCGCCAGCUGCCGAGUCAAGCGGGUGUCGCAGCGCGAAGCCCUGGAGCAGCAGAAAACGGAGCUCCAGAGGGAGGUGGAAAGGCUCGGGGCGGAGAACGCCGGCAUGAGGAAAGAGCUGGAGGGGCUCGGCGCGCGCCUGGCGGCGCUCCAGAGGUUCGCCAGGGGCCUGGAGGCUGGAGGAGGCAACCUGCUCGCCACGGCCCCGCGUCGCAACACCGCCUCGGUCAUCACCAUCGUCAAGAGUCCACCACAGCCUCAGCCACAGAGGGACCAGGAGCCGUCCUAGAAGGAGCUGCUUGACUGGGGGGUGGGUGAGGGAUGGACAGGGACGUACAACAUGCAAUGCAAAAUCACACGCAUACACCUGCAGGUAUAUAUAUAUAUAUAUAUAUAUAUAUAUUAUAUAUACACACACGGAGAACAGGAAGAUGAUUUUAGUAGGAAAAUACUAAGCUCUGCGUCACGCCUCGUUCACAUUUUGAAAUUCCGUAGGAUUAUUUACGUAGGAGCUAUUCAUUCCUGUGUGACAGUGUUGACUAGUUUUCCAAAGCAAGGGCCAGGAACCGUUGCAAAAGAGUCUAGGACCGGUGGAGGUGUCCGCCGCUUAAUGCCGUACUAUGACACUGCAGCUUAGUUGACUGAAAUGUACCUUUUUAAAGCGUAUAGACGCAGCGGGUUUAGUGUGAACGAGGCGUUCAGCACCGAUUCACUCGCAGUCAUCACACACGCGCGCACAAAAACCCUCGCACUCAGUCCCCAGUCCACGCGGGGGGGUGGGGGGGGGGUAGACUUUACUAACUGGACACUGACUAAAGCCAGACCAACCCAACCGGAGUUACUGUACAUGUUCUCGGCUCAACAAGUCCAGCUCUCACGCUGGUGCUCUCUGAUCGUGCUACCGCAUGGCCGCCGGGGCUUCUCGCCGCUUCAGGUUAUGGCACCUGACCAACAGCAACGUGCAAGGGCAGAGCGGACACUCUACAACGGCUGCUUUCUUUGUACAGCUUGUAGUCUGAAGUUACUGGCUGGCUCUCAUAACCAGCCCGGGGCCCAUGUGUCUCUGCUACUGUGCAAGGAAGUGUCCCAAAGUAUGAUUCAUUCACUUUUAGUUAGUCAUUAAUGCAGAGUUUCUCAACCAUGGUGUCACUUGAUAUGCAGGCGGGGUCAUGGGAGAAGACUAAGUGCUUGGGUCAUGAGGAUUUUGGGAACAAACGUGGCCACAAAGUCCAGAAAAAGGUUGAGAAAUGCUGCAUUUGUGAAUCAUGAAUUCCUUCAAGCUGUUCUGUGACAUUUUAGUUUUGGGAUUCACCUGCCACUACUUCCCCCCUGUUCUACCCCUCCGCGUGAUGGGGAAAGUAGUUUUGUACUGCUUGUGUACACAUUUCUCACAAUAAUGCAGUGCCUUCAGUGUAUGUUGGAGUUAGAAGAAUGCAAAACUAAGAGGGGGAAGGGGUGAAAAUGGACCGUAAUCGCUCGUCGUUGACUGUUCACAACCGCACAUCUUUCUUUAGAGUUUCUCUGGAUUCUGCUAUUUGCUGAGCUAUGAUCCAGCAUGGCUCAUUUUACAAUCCCUACUGUGCAGUAACUUGCUACAGUCUGCUGUGGCUUCCUUUUUUUUUUUUUUUCUUCAUAUCUGCUAGACUGCCAACAACAAACGUUGGUCAUUUUGCUACAAACGUGUUAAAGCGGAGUUGCAUCUGGUAGGAAUCACGCUGAAGUCGACGCAAAUCCUCUGCAUACAUUCCCGUUUUUGUGUUCUUAUUUGUACUGUUUGUACGUGCCGUUGAGAGACGAGAUGUUGAGUGACAUUUAUCAGAGAUAUAUUCUAUAUUUUAUUUGUAUUUAAAGGUAGUUGUUAUGAAAAGACAAGCUAACGAGUGCUGUGAUGUACUAUGUGUUUUUCAGAAGUACUUACUUACGACUAGUCCGGGGAUAUUCUCACGUCUAAUUAUUGUGUUGUGUGGCAACGAUGAUUACUUUACAAAAUGUUAAUUAUUAUUAGCUAUGUAGAAAUAUGCUCAAAGCCAAUGGCCAUAUUGCUGUAUGAUGAUUUUUUUUGUUUUGUGUGUGUGUGUGCGUUUAAUUUUUUUUGCCAUGUUUGUACUGGCUUGUCAUAGUGGAUUCUUGGAGGGAUAUUAUUUUUCUAUGAUGAUUUGUAUGUCGUUUGUGUGAAAAAUUAAGGUCACUUGUGUACUGGCUGGGUGGGGCAGGUCCACAGGAUGUUAAAGGAAAAAUGUGGGAAGAAAGAUUGAGAUGAGGAGGAGACAAGAAGGCUGAGGAGUUGUCGAACGAUGGAGAAAGAAAGUAGGCAAGGCGGGCUGGGAAAGAAGGUGGAAAGAGGUGGGGCGUUACUCACGUGAAAACCUCCAUCGGUGGCAGGCCUGAUUCAGCCGAGGUGUGCUCAAACAGGCCUGGGUUUCAAUGGAGUCUAGACCGCUGAAUAGUGCUAGCAUAUCAUUUAUAAGCAGGCGUUGUAAACACAUUAGACUGUGUUGGCAAAUAACUCCUUAAGAUAUGAGGCAUAUAUUUAGCUAUUAUAUGAAUGAAUCAGUGUGGCAAAAGCAUUUAUUCUCAAUAUUUUAACGUCUCACAUCUGUCAAAACCGUGCUGGAUGUUUUGUAAGACUUGCAAAACAAAAAAAAUGUUUUUUGUAUUUAUUACUUGUAUUUUUUCUAUUGUGAAAAUUUAAGUACAUUGUCUAUUUUAUAUAUUAAUUAUAAUAAAUGUUGUACAUAUUGUACAUAAAAUGGUGUGGUUGUGGGCUGGAUCGGAACAGUAGAUGCACACACACGUGGUACGGAAAGGAAGUGGAUCUAGGAUGUGUUGCACAAGUUUAUCUCUCCGGAUCGGAAGAUAAACUCGAGGUUAAAGUAGAAACUAAAGUUUUUGACCAAAGAUGAUAUGUAGUGAGACUAUACGUGUUUACAUGUUAUUUUUUUUUAACCUGAGAAGCAAUUUUCCCUCUUCAUUCUGUGACCAAUCGA